AUGAAUAGUGAUACACGUUUAAUAUUAGGUAAUAUAUCAUUAAAAUUAAUAAAUAUUAUACAAGAUAAAACAAAUAUAAAUCAUUAUUCAACAUGCUUUUCAUCAACAUUUCGACAACAAAAUCUUCUAUUAGAUAAAUCAUCUAUACGUCAAUUAGAAAUACCUGGACAAUAUACAACUAAAAAACAAAAACCAUUAAUUCAACAUCAUAUUCAAAUUGUUGUUAAAGCUGGAGAAGAUAUACGACAAGAUCAACGUAUUCAACCUUUAUUUUCAAUUAUCAAUGAUCUUUAUGAUAAUUAUCCAAAUUCUAAUCAAUCAAAUUCAGCUUAUAUUGCUCUACGAACUUAUAAAGUUAUUCCAGUGUCAUCAAAAUUGGGUAUGAUCGAAUGCCUUGAUAAUACACCUCCAUUAAAAUAUCUUAUUCAAGAAUGA